CGCGCCGCGGGGCCGGCCGGCCGGUGGGCUCACUGGCUCGCUGGCUGGCCGGCCGGGCCCGCCCCGCUCCCUCCCCUCCGCCAUGGCGGCCGAGAGCAGCCGGCAGUUCUGGAAGCGGAGCGCCAAGCUGCCGGGCAGCAUUCAACCUGUCUAUGGAGCACAGCAUCCUCCCCUGGAUCCCCGGCUCACCAAAAACUUCAUCAAGGACCGCUCCAAGGCCAACGCGCUGCCUCUGAAGAGCAAGAAGGCCUCCAGCUUUCAUGAGUUCGCCCGUAACACCAGUGACGCCUGGGACAUCGGUGAUGAUGAAGAUGAGGACUUCUCCUCCUCCUCUUCUUCUUUGCAAACCCUGAACUCUAAAGUGGCCAAGGCCACGGCAGCCCAGGUGCUGGAGAACCACAGCAAGCUGCGAGUGAAACCCGAGCGGGCCCCGGCUGCUCUCAGCAGCAUGCCCACCAACUGCAAGGUCAUCAAGUCCAGCAGCGAGGCCCAGCUCUCCAGAACAUCUGAGGAGGCCUGUGUGCGGACGCCCCUUCAGAAGCAGCAGUCCCUUCCCCUGCGGCCCGUCAUUCCACUCGUCGCCCGGAUCUCCGACCAAAACGCCUCGGGGGCUCCCCCCAUGACAGUGAGGGAGAAAACGCGCCUGGAGAAGUUCCGGCAGCUCCUCUCCAGCCACAACACAGACCUGGAUGAGCUGAGGAAGUGCAGCUGGCCUGGUGUGCCCAGAGAGGUCCGGCCCGUGACGUGGCGUCUGCUCUCAGGUUAUCUCCCCGCCAACACGGAGCGGCGGCAGCUGACCCUGCAGCGCAAGCGCCAGGAGUACUUCGGCUUCAUCCAGCAGUACUACGACUCCCGCAACGAGGAGCACCACCAGGACACCUACAGACAGAUCCACAUCGACAUUCCAAGGACCAACCCGCUCAUCCCCCUCUUCCAGCAGCCGCUGGUCCAGGAGAUCUUUGAAAGAAUCCUGUUUAUCUGGGCCAUUCGACACCCAGCCAGUGGCUACGUGCAGGGAAUCAAUGACCUGGUCACUCCCUUCUUUGUUGUGUUCCUCUCUGAGUAUGUUGAGGAGGACGUGGAGAACUUUGACGUGACGAACCUGUCGCAGGAUGUGUUGCAGAGCAUCGAAGCCGAUAGCUUCUGGUGCAUGAGCAAGCUGCUGGAUGGCAUACAGGAUAACUACACCUUUGCACAGCCAGGGAUCCAGAAGAAAGUCAAAGCUCUGGAGGAGCUGGUCAGCAGGAUCGAUGAGCAGGUACACAAUCACUUUAGGAAGUACGAGGUCGAAUACCUGCAGUUUGCCUUUCGCUGGAUGAACAAUCUGCUUAUGAGGGAGCUGCCUCUGCGCUGCACCAUCCGCCUCUGGGACACCUACCAGUCAGAGCCAGAAGGAUUCUCACACUUCCACCUGUAUGUCUGUGCCGCCUUCUUGAUCAAGUGGCGCAAGGAGAUCCUGGAUGAGGAAGACUUCCAAGGCCUUCUCAUGUUGUUACAAAACCUGCCCACGAUACACUGGGGGAACGAGGAGAUCGGCCUCCUGCUGGCAGAAGCCUACAGACUCAAGUACAUGUUUGCAGAUGCUCCCAACCAUUACCGCCGAUAGGGACCAGGCCCCUCCCCUGCCCCCGCCCACCCCCGCCCCGGGCCCGAUCCGAUCACUGUGGCAUUCCCGUCGUCCCGAGGCCUCGGACACUCCGGCUGGGAGCUGCUCCUCACUCUACAAAGCUCACAUCCAGCUCUUGUCUUAACUCUGAACGUGUGCCUGUGCCACUCCGUGCUCCUGGACGUGCCGCUCCAGCCACCGGCAGCUGGCUCGAGCCAGGGAGAGACUCGAAGGGGCUGGGGGAGGACGUGGGGGGCAGCUUUACAGAGACACUGAGCCGAGGGUGAAGCCCUCCUGUCCUCUCCACUCCCUGCCCUGGGCUUGUCUGCCUGACACCACCUUGGCUUUGCUGCCUCGUGUUAACCUGCCGCCACGUGCGCCGCCCCUUCGCUCCCUUCUCACACCGUUCACUCCAGCUCCUGGAUGAAAAUGCCUUAUGGGAGACCCUCCUGGCUGGAAAAUGCUGCUGCCUGAGGGUGCCAGGGCGGGAUGUUUCUCUCAGGGCCUGGCUUUGCUCCAAGGGUCCGGAGACCCCAAGCACUCGGUGGGUUUGCAGGAGAGCCCCUCGCACCCGCCCUCUGUGCCGGGCUCCUGCCCACCCCUGUCGCUGGGCAGCGGGGCUGGCACGGCAGGGGCACGGCUGGCAGUGAUGCCAGCGGCCUGCCAGGACUCUGGGCGACUGAUGUGCUGUGGGUACAGCCCCCUCUGGCACGGGGGGCUGCCAGGGGAGCAGCAUCUCCCAAACCUCCCUUGCGAAGCCCCCGCUCCCCCGAGGCGUUCUGUGUAUAUUGUGUUCUUGUGUAUAUGGGUCAGAUGUACAAUAGAUGGCUCUGUUUGUAGCAGACAAUGAUUUUAUAUUUAUAAUGUGCACCCUUUGUUCCCCCAUCCCCUGGGUGCAGCUCCUGGGGGCUUUGGGCCCUUCCCCAGCUGGAGGCAGUUCCAGAGCCGUGAGUAGUUCCACCCCAGCGUGGUUUUGGAGGUGCCAGGAAGAGGGGUGAUGGAAAUAUCUCUCGAGGCUUCCCCUGCAGAGGAUUUUGGUGUGUGAGGGAGCCAGCAGCUCCCAGCAGGAGGCAGGGGAGAGCCGUGAGCAGGAGACGGGCUCCAGGCUGGGUGGCGCUGCAGGGCAGAGCCUGCAGCAGUGGCUGUUCCUGGCAGUGCCUGGGGGCUCUCCCAGGGGGUCUGCCAGGACAGGGCUGGGCUUGCUGCCCUCUGCUUUUAAAUCAGAUGUUUUAAGGGGCUGAUCUUUUCCUCACAGGCAGGGGCUGUCUGUGUUGUGCCCAGGGCUGUGUGUGGGGCAGGGUCCUGUCCCCUGCAGAGCGCUGGGUUCCCACUCCCCAUCCUGCUCCCAGCAGGCAUCGGCAGCAGGUGCUGGGGCCCAGGCCAAGCAUGUCAAAGGCAGAGCCUUGUUGCCAAUAAAACUCUAAACAGUGUCUCAAGAA